GGAGACCUACACGAAAGGCAAACAUUUCUCUGAGAAUUAUGAAGAACUACAGUCGUGACUUUGACAAUUUGAACUCUGAGGCAUCCAAAAACUUAACUUCAGUCCUAUCACGUGAGCUUUCUGACAUUUGUAGAAGAGCAGAUUCACAAAACUUCCGCGGUGUAAACAUUACCAGAUUAGCAAAUGGAAGCAUCAUUGUCAACAGCGUUGCAGUGUACACCUAUCCCAACAACCAAUCGCAAAUAGAUUUUCUCAACAAGGAUCUAGAGCCCUCUUUAAUAAAGUUGUUUAAUGAUUCAAAUUCACUUAAACAUUUAGGUGAAGCUCUUGGAAAUGUUUCUGUUCAGGAUAUAGAAGUUCUUGUGCAGACAGCUGAAAUUACAAAUGUUACAGAACUGCAACAGUAUAUAAAUUGUUCCUGGGAUUUUGCCAACUACACACCCACACUGGAUAUUGUGGAAGGUUCCUGGGUGUGUGAGGGGCAAUGCAAAUCUAACUCCAGCUACUGCAACGCUCAUGGGGAUUGUGUGAACCUGAAAACUGGCCCAGAGUGCCAAUGCCAUAAGUCUUCUUUCGAAAUAUACUCAGGACAACAUUGCGAGAUUUUCAACAGAGGCGCAGGGUUUUACGCUGCUCUCUUUGGGAGUUUAGGAGCUGCCCUUCUUCUUAUCAUCAUUGUAAUAAUCGUGGUUGUAGUUAUAAAACUGAAGAAGAGGAAAUGCUGGACUAUAAGCAGCAGUAGUGAAUCCAGGAGGUCGGACUUGUUUGAAGACUACUUCUUUGACUUCACUGAGAGAGGUCAACUCCAGAAGUAUACUUUGCAUGAAAACACAGAUGAGUAUGUAACGUCUUGAAAUGACCUCGAAAGUGCAGACGCAGUACCAGAUGUGAAUCUGUACCUAACACCAGAAGUUCAAGAAUUGCAGAACAAAGACAAUUGUCAUUUUCACUAAAUCAAAUAUUACAGCUUGUUAUGUGGCAUGAUUAGGGCCACUGUUAUAGAUUUGUGGGUUGCAUUUCAUAAAUAAU